CGAUCAAGAAGCCCCAGGAUGACGCGCCACGCCAGGAACUGUACGGCCGGAGCCUUCUACACGUACAGCGAGAAGAAGCGCGACGCGGCCGAGUCCGGAUACGGAACUAAUGCUCAGAGGCUUGGCAAGGACUCGGUGAAGUCCUUCGACUGCUGCUCCUUGACGCUGCAGCCGUGCCGACACCCGGUCAUCACCAAGGACGGCCACCUGUUCGACAAGGAGGCCAUCCUGCAGUACGUCGUCACCAAGAAGAACGAUUACAGCCGCCGACUGAAGGAGUACGAGCGCCUUCGCCAGGCCGAGGAGAACGAGGUCCGUGUGGAGGCCAAGAAGAAGCAGAAGGCGCGCGUGGAGAAGUUCGUGAAUGGCGAGAAGCCGGCUAGUCCUUCCGCAUCCGACACAUCCACACCCACACCAUCCGUUUCCAACAUGGCGAACGGCCACGAGAAAAAGCUGCCCAGCUUCUGGCUGCCCUCGGAGUGCCCCAACGCCGGCGUCUCCAAGGCCCAAAAGCCGGAUUCCACCAUCUACUGUCCAGUGUCGCACAAGCCCCUCCGCGUCAAGGACCUGAUCGAUGUAAAGUUCACCCUUCUGCGGGAUGGGGACUCCAAGAAGUCGCUGAUCGCCAAGGAGGCCCGCUACAUGUGCCCCAUCACCCAUGAUGUGCUCUGCAAUUCCGUGCCCUGCGCCGUGCUGCGUCCCACGGGCGAUGUGGUGACCAUGGAGUGUGUGGAGCGACUUAUACGCAAGGACAUGAUUCACCCACUCACCGAUUGCAAGCUCAAGGAAAAGGACAUUAUUCCGCUGCAGAUGGGCGGCACCGGAUAUGCCUCCACCAAUGGAAACCUCCAGGGCAGGGAGAAGAGACCCAUGCUACAGGUCUAGAGAG